AUGGCUUCACAACAACAACCUCAACCAACAACACCUGUCAAAGUCUUCGUUUAUGGAACUCUGAAGAAGGGCCUUGCCAAUCAUCAACACAAAAUGCAACCCGAACGAUAUCCAAACUGUACUCUUCUCUCAGCUCAUGCUAAAACUCUCAACCCAUUUCCUCUCAUCAUUGCUGGUGAGAGACAUGUUCCCUAUCUGAUGGACUUUGAAGGAAAGGGGCAUCAAGUCAUGGGAGAAGUUUAUGAAGUUCGGGAUGAAGGCCACUUAGAAGAGCUCGAUCAAUUUGAGGGAUGUGAUGUUGGACAUUAUCGUCGAGUAUUAAUUGAUAUUCUCGUUCAACAAUCUUCGGAUUCAAAUGAUGUUGUUGUUGUUGAGAAGUGUUAUGCUUACAUGAGGAAUAAACAAGAAGGUGAUGAUGAAUUACUAAAAGAAAAGGAAAUGAUUCCAUGUUUUACGGAAGAACAUGAUAGGAAUUAUUCAAGAGCUUCGGAACAUGUCGGGUAG